AUCUGCAAUAAUGGUCUACUAUAUAAAGUUUGAACUGGACUAGCCGGACUGUUUUAUUUCAGCAGUUACUAAACUGAAUCAUUGAAAUUGUUUUAGUUUGUCUUGAUUUGUAUUAUUGAAUGCCUUACGACUAUUCAUUUGUAGUUUCUGAAUGUAUCAAAUAUUCGUAGUUUGUGUACAUCUAUUUAGGUAGCUCAUCAGUAGGAAAAAGGGAGAAGGGAGAUAAAUGCAUUACCAAACCACUUUCAUUAUAUUGCUGACCAAUUCUUAGUCAUGUUUACUUUUAGUUUCCUUUGUUCUUGCAAACAUCCGAUGAACAACUGUAGAAUUUCAUGUUGCAGAUGGGAUUUUAUGGCUCAAGCUAUCUUGCCAUACUAUCAAGCACUAGAGAAGUUCGCUCCUCAUAUCCAACAGUUUAGCAUGGAGAGCAAAGGGAAGGGUGUAUCAAUUGACGAUGUUACUCUUCCUUUCGAGGCAGGCGAAAUUGAUUUUGGUGAGCCAGAUUCGAACGGCCAACACAGCUUUUACCAGCUAAUUCACCACGUAAAAUUGGAUGUUUGUAUCCACAGUUUUUUAAAUGUUACUUCUGAAUUCUCAUGCUUGCUUGAGUUUAUUCCCAAAGCCAUUCUAUAGUUAUAUCAUAGAUCAAGUUUUCCUGAAACUUUCAGGGCCGCGUGAUUCCUUGUGAUUUUAUUGGUGUUGUUAAGAGUCAACAACAUGCGUACCUGAAAGGUGCUACCCUAACAACAGUUCCCUUGAGAGUAAAUGUCUUAUCAAAAGGCUUAUCUUACAAAGAACUGUAAUUAGAUUUUUAUAAUGGGUCACUCAGCCUUCUACUUCCUUCUUUGAACGCGCUGGACAUGUUUGUCACCAAUUGAGCUUUAGGGUUAUCCAAUUCUUAGUUUUUUGCAAUUUUUAACAUCUUAAAUUGUAAGUAGUUUGAAGUUAUAUAAUAUUUUCUUUUAUUUGUAUGUGUAUGUGUAACAUAACUUUUUAUUUUUUAUGUUACUUUCAUUU